UUUUAAAAAAUGCGUUUCUAAAGUGCAUAAACGAAGGAGUACGUAGAGAACCAUGGUGUGACAAGUGUCGUGCGAUUUUGUGGCAACUAUGAACCCGACUGUGAGCUUCAGUGAGCAUCAUUGAGCCAGGUCCAUGUGCUCACACCUCAACCUCAACACUGAUCAGAUUGCGGUUGCGGAUCUUGCUGACCGAUCGCGCACUAACGGCACUAACCUCUCCUGCCUGUAUAUAUUUGUAUUUAUUUGUUGUGAAUCCACGUUGAAUCUCAGCUAAUUUGCGUGUACGACUGCGAUUUGCGUUGCGGGAAACGUUGUAGGAACAUGAAAAUAACCGUGGACGGUUUGCUCGUGUAUUUUCCUUACGAUUACAUUUAUCCGGAACAGUAUGCAUACAUGCUUGAGCUUAAACGUGGCUUGGAUGCCAAGGGACACUGUCUGUUGGAGAUGCCGUCCGGCACUGGCAAGACUGUCACGCUUUUGUCACUGAUCGUGGCAUACAUGUUGGAACAUCCGUUGGAUGUCACCAAAUUGAUUUAUUGUUCCCGUACAGUACCGGAGAUCGAGAAAGUUACAGAGGAGUUGAAAAAGCUUAUAGACUACUAUGAGAAAGAAGCUGGUGGCAGACCUAAAAUCGUUGGCUUGGUUCUCAGUUCUCGGAAGAAUAUGUGCAUUCAUCCAGAAGUCAGCAGGGAACGAGAAGGAAAGAUUGUUGACGCACGUUGUCAUGCUCUGACGGCAUCGUACAUUCGUGAGAGACGAAACUCCGAUGACUCUGUACCAGUUUGUAAUUUUUAUGAAGGAUUCGAUGUGGAGGGUAAGGAACAGAUGAUGCCACCGGGGAUAUAUUCCAUUGACGAUUUGAAGGAGUAUGGCAAGGAUCGUAAUUGGUGUCCAUACUUUCUCGCGAGAUUUACGAUAUUGCACGCGCAGAUCGUGGUUUACAGUUAUCAUUAUUUGUUGGAUCCUAAAAUCGCAGAGACGGUGUCCAAAGAACUGAGCAAAAGUUCCGUCGUGGUGUUCGACGAGGCCCACAAUAUAGACAACGUGUGCAUCGAUUCGAUGAGCGUCAAGAUCAACAGAAGAAUGUUGGAGAAAAGUUCGGCCAAUAUACAAUUUCUCGAAAAGACUGUGGCAGAAAUGAGGGAGGACGACGUGAACAAAUUAAGAGAAGAGUACGAGAGAUUGGUGGAGGGACUCAGAGACGCGCACGUUGCCAGAGAAACCGACGUCGUCUUGGCUAAUCCCAUUUUGCCGGAUCAAGUGUUGGAAGAAGUGGUUCCCGGUAAUAUCAGGAACGCGGAACACUUCGUUGGUUUCUUGAAACGAUUCGUGGAAUAUCUGAAGACGCGUUUGCGUGUGCAGCACGUCGUUCAAGAAUCGCCUGCUGCAUUUUUAAGAGACGUCCGCGCGAAAGUUUCGAUAGAACGUAAACCGUUGAGGUUUUGCGCCGAACGAUUGGCGUCUCUUUUACGCACUAUGGAGGUAACCGACUUGACGGAUUUUUCGCCGACGAUAGUCGUGACGCAUCUCGCGACGUUGGUUUCUACGUACACGAAAGGAUUUACCGUUAUAGUGGAACCGUUCGAUGACAAGACGCCCAACGUUUUGAAUCCGAUCCUACACUUCAGUUGUUUGGAUUCAUCGAUCGCGAUGAAGCCGAUCUUCGAUAGGUUUCAGUCGGUGGUGAUCACUUCGGGAACGUUGUCCCCGUUGGAUAUGUAUCCGAAAAUCUUGAAUUUCCGUCCUGUCAUAAUGUCGUCUUUCACCAUGACUCUGGCCAGACCUUGCCUCUUGCCUAUGAUCGUGGCGAAAGGUAACGACCAAGUCGCAAUCUCGUCAAGGUACGAAACUAGGGAGGACGUUGCUGUUAUAAGAAAUUAUGGUCAGCUGUUAGUCGAAUUCGCAGCUACCGUCCCCGAUGGCAUGGUCUGUUUCUUUACCUCGUAUUUUUACAUGGAAUCUGUAGUUGCUGCGUGGUACGAUCAAGGUGUAGUGGAUCAACUUCAAAGGCACAAACUGUUGUUCAUUGAGACUCAAGAUUCUGCGGAGACCAGUUUGGCUUUGAUACACUACAUCAAAGCCUGUGAGAAUGGAAGGGGUGCUGUGCUCCUUUCCGUGGCUCGCGGUAAAGUAUCCGAAGGAGUUGAUUUUGAUCAUCACUUGGGAAGAGCCGUGUUGAUGUUUGGAAUCCCUUAUGUCUAUACGCAAUCACGAAUCUUAAAAGCGCGAUUGGAAUAUCUCCGCGAUCAAUUUCAAAUCAGAGAAAAUGAUUUUUUGACUUUCGAUGCGAUGAGACACGCGGCACAAUGCGUUGGAAGGGCAAUCAGAGGAAAGACCGACUACGGUAUAAUGGUAUUCGCGGAUAAGAGAUUUUCAAGAUCGGACAAACGAAGUAAAUUACCAAAAUGGAUACAGGAACACUUGACCGACAAUUUAUGUAAUUUGUCGACGGAGGAAGCUGUACAGAUCAGUAAACGUUGGUUGCGACAAAUGGCCCAGCCGUUCACACGUGAAAACCAAUUAGGAUUGUCUCUGUUGACGCGAGAACAACUCGAAAAGGAUGAAUACGGCAAGAUCGAGGAAAAGGCGCAACAAAAUUGAAUCUGUUCAUCGUAUUCUCUGAAACUCUGUGCGUGACAUGGGCGCGUGAUCGAUUCUGUAUGCCAUUUAUAAGAUACGCAAUGACGCCAGGCGCCAAUGGAUAUACUGUCGCCACCGCCACCGCCGACGGUAACGUGUGUAUCGUGCGUACAUAGUACACAUCAGAUGUAUUUCUUUUUCAUACACAUGUAUUGUUCGAAAUAAAUGGUAAGUUUUUCUUUUUGGA